AUGUCUGAGCCUACAUUCCACAACAGCACACCCACCAACGGACAUGCCCUCCCUACAUCCUCCUCGCUUCCUGCAAUCGAGUCUUUUGUCAAGCCAAAGACAAAUCAUGAUGCCAGCUUGGCCUCCACCUUCCAAGCCACGCCUGCAAAACUCGAGCCAGCAAAUGCUCCCAUUCUUCCACCCACUGCAGAGCCCCUCUCGAGCGUCGGUGUUCAGCCAGCCGCGCUAGUCUCACAAGCACAGGCCCAGUCGCAGUCGCAGUCGCAGUCGCAGUCGCAGUCGCAGUCGCAGUCGCAGUCGCAGUCGCAGUCGCAGUCACAGUCGCAGUCGCAGGGCUUCACUGCACAGUCUGCUCCACGACAACUGACCGAUUCCGAUGCAGUCGAGGUCAAACCUUAUCACGGCCCCAUCGAGAUCACCCCAGCUCAGCUGAAAUUCGCACAAAGUACACUCAAAUCUCUCAAAACUCGACGCGAGGCGGCAGCCUUCCUUGUCCCUGUCGACCCCAUCGCUCUCAGCAUUCCUCACUACCCCACAAUUGUCAAGAGACCCAUGGACUUUGGCACCAUCGACAUCAAGCUCGCCUUGACUGCCCUCGUCCUUAAGCCCAACUCAAAGCCAGGCGACAAGGUCAAGUCAGCGCGCAAGUUUGGUCUUGAUCAGAACAAGGACUACUACCGACGCAUUCACGACUUUGACACCGACGUGCGCCAGGUCUUUUUCAACUGUGGACUCUUCAACGGUCCGGACAGCCCUUACACGCAUAACGCUCAAGUCCUCGAAGCCGCAUUUGACAAGUACAUGAACGAGCUUCCCGCUCCCAACUCGUCCGAGUCGUCUGCGGAUGCCUCUGCAGCACGUGCUCGUCGUCCAUCCAACCCUGUCCCUACCAUUCGUCGCUCUUCCUCCGAUCUCGGCGGCAGACCGAAACGAGAGAUCCAUCCCCCUCCGCCCAAGGACCUUCCCUGGGCCAACGAGCCCCAAAGUGCUUCAUCAUCUUCCGAGAUGCGUAAAGCGGCACGACGAAAGGCCGCCAAGAAGGCCGCUGGAUCCUCAGCACGCGAGCAGGCGCACCACGCCAAAGUGGCCCAAGACGAGUUGCGUUUCUGCACCAGAAUCAUUGACGACUUGCUUAAGCCAACUUACUCGAAUCUUGCCUGGGUUUUUUACGACAAGCCUACCAUGGACUUUGACUGGGCGCCUGCCUACUUCCAGAUGAUCAAGAAGCCCAUCGCACUUCGUGACAUCCAGAAGAACAUCAGGGCCGGUCAGUAUGCGCAUGCCGACGAGUUUGACGCCGACAUGCAGUUGCUCUUCCAAAACUGCUUCACCUUUAACCAACCUGGCUCGGACGUCGCCUUGAUGGGCGAAAAGCUCAAGGCGGUGUAUGAGGACAAGAUGUCUCGCAAGCCCGCUCCCGCCCCUCUGCCGGACUAUGAAGAAAGCGACGAGGAGGACCAAGGUGCAGACGAGGACCAAGAUGAUGUGCAACCCGAAUUCCUGGCCACGCUUCAAGAGCAGAUCUCACAGCUCUCUUCCACCCUGGCCAUGCUGGAAGGUGCAAAGAACCAGAACGCUGGUUUGAUUGCCAACACGAAAAACAUGCUGGCAUCCUUACAGGAGAGCUACGCCAGCUCAGGAGGAUCCAAGAAGAGCAAGAGCAAGGGGACAAAGAGGAAAGCAUCCGAGAGCGGCGCAGCGAGCAAGAAGAAGAGUAAAGCCAAGUCUGCUGGCAGUCCUUCAGCUUCAGCUUCAGCUUCAGCGGCAGCGGCAGAAUACGUGCCCGCCAAAAAGGCCAAGUCGGCAGGCUCGGCUUGUAAGAAGAAGCCAUCUACGAGCAACAAGAAGGACCGCUCCAGCCGCCGAGAUGACAACAGCGACGAGGACAUCCGCACCGUCACCUACGAACAGAAGGAGGAGUUGGCGGCCAAGAUUACGGAACUGUCAGAAGAGCGUCUAGAUGGCGCGAUCCGCAUCAUCAACGAGGACAAGCCACCGAACGAGAACGAUGAAGAGGAGAUUGAGCUCGACAUUGACGAGUUGUCGCCCAAGACGCUGUACAAGCUGUACAAGUACGUGGUGCGACCCAAGAAGCCAGCGCCUACGCCCAACAAGAACAGCAAGUCGGCGCCUUUGGAUGGACGUAAACGUGGCACAGGUGGUAUCAAGAAGAAGAACUUGGACGAGGGCGAAGAGGCUGAGAGGAUCGCACGUUUGCAGGAGCAGCUGAACCAGUUUGGUAAUGCAGAUGCUAUCAUUGGCGGUGUAGGUGGAGCAGCAGGAGGACACGAUGAUCUCGUUCACUCGGAAAGCUCUUCCGAUGAGAGCGGCUCGGACUCGGAUUCGGAUUGA